AUGAACUCAUUAAAUCAACAACCACAACAACAUCUACCACCACCAGGCAUACUACACCCACCACCUGGUGCCAUACCACCACAGAACAAUACUAGCGCAACAAAUUCAGGAGGAGCCAUCAUCAAUAACGGAUUAUUUGCUAAUCAACAACAACAAAACAUUGUAAAUAUUGGGCACAUAAAUACAUUCAGUGGCAACUCUAAUGCUAAUACUUCUGUUGCCGGCAUAAAUAAUGUUAAUAAUAUCACCAACAAUAGCAACACACAACCCAUGUUCUCUAAUUCUGUCAAUAUGAGCAACAAUGAUGUUCAUUUUGAUGGCAUGAGCCGUUUUCAAACUCUAGAAAAUACUGCCGGUGCUGCAAAUGCUAAAGGUACUAUUAUUGGUGCCCCCAACGGAGGAAUUGAAAAUUUUUCUUUGUCUGAUAAGUUGCAAUACGCACAUAAUCCCCAAUACGGGAACCCUAAUAUUGUAACUACAAAUUCUAUGUCUUCUAACUCAAAUACUGUUAAUAACAAUAUCGUUGGAACCCAACAAAGUAACACACCCCUUGUCCAGCAGUAUAAAAACAAUUUCGAACAACAUAUUAACGAUCCAGAUUAUCAUCCACAUUUAAAAAAUAAUGCAUUGGCUAAGAAUGUUAAUUGGGAACUACAGUUAUUAUUAGCGGCCGUUUCAAGAAUGGUUAUGAGCCAAGAACCGAACACUUAUGCUUUGAAGAAUAAUUUCAAAUCCAACAUCCAACAACAGCAACAAAAAAUUUUUGGUACUACUUUAAAUACUACUACAACCACUAAUCCAGCUACUGUUAAUGGUUCUAACAACACAAUAGGGGUAGCAUCAGGAGGAGGAGGAGGAGUAGGAGGAGGAGUAGGAGUAGCAUCUAGUUCAGGGGAACCUUUCGGUACUUUGGUUUACAUGACUAAAGCCGCUUUGAUUGCAUUAAUGUCAGUUUCUAAAACAACAACUCCUAAAACAAACAAUGAUAGCAGUGCCAGUAGUGUAAACUCCAAUUCUAACAAUAAUUCCAAUUCUACCUCUAACAGCACCACCACUACUGCCAGUGUUAUUUCUACGAAUAACAACACUAAUGGCAAUACAACCAACAUUUCCAUGGGAAAUGGUCAAUUUACACCUUCAUCCACUCCUGGAACACCGACUGUUGAAUUGGUGACAACGCCUGGUAGUAGCAACAACAUCAAUUUAUUAUUAAUGCAACAAAGAAGGAUUGCCCAAUUUAAUAUAGACGAUGACGACGAAGAACAAGAAAACAGUGAAAUUGAAAAGCCCAGUAAUUAUGAUGACCAAUUGUGGCACGGUUUGGAUUUAUGCAAUUUGAAGCUUAGCAAGUUGAAUGAUAGAUUAUUUAAAUUUUCGUUUCUAACUAGGUUGUUUUUAAAUGGUAACAAUUUGACCGAAUUACCCCCAAGUAUCAAAUCCUUAGUUAAUUUACGCGUUUUAGAUUUGUCCAAUAAUAGAUUAGAGAGUGUGCCUCCUGAAUUAGGGAUGUUAUUUAACUUAAAAUACUUGUAUUUAUUUGACAACAGAAUUAAGAAUCUUCCAUACGAAUUUGGAAAUUUAUUUAAUUUACAAUUUCUAGGUUUAGAGGGGAACCCAUUGGAUAGCGACAUUAUCAAGAUAUAUAGUGAAAAAAACUUGACGGGACUAAUUUUUUAUUUACGAGACAAUGCGCCAGAAGUGGAAUUAAAACAAGAUCGAAAAUUUAUUGAAAUUAACACUGAUGGUGAACCAACAUCAAAUGUUUACAAUUCCGUCAAUGAGGCUAUUGAACAGUUACCUUUGAAGCGAACCUCCUUUACUUUACUAUCUUACAACACCUUAUGUCAACAUUAUGCCACGCCCAAAAUGUAUCGUUUCACCCCAUCGUGGGCACUAAAUUGGGACUAUAGACGUGAAAAACUAAAGGAGCAAAUUAUGAGCUACAAAACCGAUAUUAUUUGUUUACAGGAGGUAGAAAGCAAGACAUUUGAUGAUUUUUGGAGUCCACUAAUGGAAAGGGAAGGUUACUCCUGUAUAUUCCAUUCCAAGACAAGAGCUAGAACUAUGCAAAGCAAAGAUUCCAAGAAAGUUGAUGGGUGUGCAAUUUUUUUUAAAAAAUCAGAGUUCAAAUUGAUUUUUAAAGAAUUAGUAGAUUUUAGUAGUGUUUGGAUGAAUAGUCCUAAAUUUUCCAAGACUGCUGACUAUAUUAACCGCGCUAUGAAUAAAGAUAAUGUUUCUUUAUAUACUAAGUUACAUCACAUCAAAUCCGGUGAAAACAUCUGGGUUGCUACAACUCACCUACAUUGGGAUCCUAAAUUCAAUGAUGUCAAGACUUUCCAGGUUGGGGUUCUUCUUGAUCACUUGGAGAAAUUAGUUAGAGAACAGAACCAUAUUACUACACCAGGUGAUUAUAAAAAAACACCAAUUAUUAUCUGUGGUGAUUUCAAUUCUCAAAGAAAUAGUGCAGUCUAUGAAUUAUUUAAUACGGGCUCCGUCAGUAAUGAACAUGAAGACGUCAAAGGUAGAGAUUACGGUCAUAUGACUAAAAAUAACUUCGUGAACGAUUUCCAAUUCAGGUCUUGUUAUGAUUGUAUUGGUGAAUUACCAUUUACCAAUUUUUCACCUACUUUUAUAGAUGUUAUUGAUUACAUUUGGUAUUCUCCAAAAUCCUUGAGGGUUCGUGGUGUUUUAGGUGAAAUUGAUGAAGAUUAUGUUUCAAAGUUUAUUGCUUUUCCCAAUGCCAAAUUUCCAAGUGACCAUAUUCCUUUGGUUGGUAGAUUUGAGUUUACUGGUAAAGGUACUGAUCAUGCUGGAGGAAGUCCAUUUUCUGGGUCAAAUAGUAGGAAGGUCUAA